AUGUCGUGGUUGCGAGGGAAGAAAGCCUCAGUAGCAAACCUCAAAGCAGAGGUGGCUUCCCAUCGUUCCACCACCCCAACGCCUGGAAACCCUGACGGAAAAGAAAAAAAGCCAAAAUUCCGUUCGGGUCUGCUCACAAUUCGAGUCUUAUGGGCAGAGGGCCUUGGUUUACCGGCAGGAGUGGCUGUUCCUCCAUCUGUGCAGUCCGCGUUGACCUCCCAACAAGCUAAAGUCGCCGCUUCCGUGUCACCAUCAAGUGUGCAUAAGCAAAGAUUAGCCAAUAAGUCCCGGGGGAACAGGGACAGCAUUCAAAGAAUGCAAUGCUGGUGGCUUCCAUAUCUGGUCAUGGAAUACGAAGUAAACCAGGUUCUAAUCACUCCUUUGGGGGGUGAGCUUGAUAAGCCGUUGUAUAUGUACCAAGCCCACUUCGACGUGUCACGGAACUCGGAAAUAUCUCUUCAAUGCUACCUCCGCGCGGAAGAGCCGAAGUGUGGCGGGGAUGGUCUAGCAGAUGACCUGGGCAACGAUGUCUUCCUUGGAGGCAUCAAAUUUGUACCAAAUUUCGAUGCCAUGGGAAGUCAGGAUCAGUGGUACAACUUCGUUGGCGGUUCUGGGAAGAUUCAAAUCGGCGUUACUUACCAGCCCAGCUAUGGCCAGUCGUUAACGGUCGAUGACUUUGAAUUGAUGACUGUCAUUGGGAAGGGAAGCUUUGGAAAGGUUAUGCAAGUUAGGAAGCGAGAUACAACUCGUAUUUACGCUCUCAAAACCAUCCGGAAAGUUCACAUCGUCAACCGUAACGAAAUUACGCAUACCCUCGCGGAACGUCUUGUUCUGGCACAAGUUGACAGCCCUUUCAUAGUCCCUUUGAAGUUCAGUUUCCAGUCGGAGCAGAAGCUGUAUUUGGUUCUUGCCUUCGUCAACGGAGGAGAAUUGUUCCACCAUCUGCAACGAGAGCAUCGAUUUAAUGAGGAGCGAGCGCGCUUCUACAGUGCCGAACUCCUUCUCGCUCUUGAGCAUCUGCAUGAGUUGGAUGUCGUCUAUCGGGAUCUAAAACCUGAAAAUAUUCUACUCGACUACACCGGCCACAUUGCUCUAUGUGAUUUCGGCUUGUGCAAGCUGAACAUGAAAGAUAAUGAGAAAACCAACACAUUCUGCGGUACCCCUGAAUAUCUCGCCCCGGAAAUCCUUUCUGGAAACGGAUACGACAAGGCUAUCGACUGGUGGACCCUCGGAGUCUUAUUAUACGAAAUGCUGGCAGGUCUCCCGCCAUUCUAUGAUGAAAACACGGACAAGAUGUAUGAGAAGAUCCUGAACGAUCCUCUCGUAUUUGGGGAAGAGUUCAGUGAGGAGGCGUGCAGCAUUCUUACCGACCUCUUGAACCGUAAUCCUGCCCAUCGCUUGGGCGUCAAAGGCGCUGAGGAUAUCAAGCGGCAUCCAUUCUUCCACAAGCAUAUCGAUUUCAAAUUGCUGGCGUCAAAGAAAAUUCAGCCCCCGUUUAAGCCGAGCGUCGUUAGCCCCGUUGACGUUUCCAACUUUGACACCGUGUUCACGGAAGAGGCUCCGAUUGAUAGCUACGUCGAAAACUCGAACCUGUCUCAGACUGUCCAAGCUCAGUUUACUGGGUUUUCCUUCAAUGGCUCCAAUCUCCCCUCCACCACUCCUUAA